GAAAACAACCAAACACCGCUCCCUAUUUACUUGAGUCACGCCUUGCAUUACAUGUCUUUCUUUAUGAACUAAACUACUUCUACUUAUGUUUAUGUUCUCAUUCAUUCAUUUCAAAAUCCCUUAGCUUGGUGAAUCAUGAAAGACUUAUCUUUCUUUCAGUUGAAAAAUGUUAUGGGAGCUAAGAUGAAGAAAGGCUUUAAAAGCUUCUGUAAUAACGACACGUCUACUUCCACUCUCAUUUAUCAAACCACAGCCUCUGCUCGUCCUGCACUUUCAUCUCCUAAUUACACCAUGGAUACAAGGGGAGGAAGCCAGACAACAUUGGAGGAGAUGUUGCUCCAAUUAGACAUGGAGGAGAAAAUGGCAAAGCUGAACCAAUAUGGGCCGCAUGUCCAACACAGAAUGUCAUGUGUCAAUAGUUCUGACAUACUAAGAACAGCUAGGAACGCCGCGUUAAAUCAGUAUCCCCGAUUCUCUCUUGAUGGCAAAGAUGCCAUGUAUAGGUCUUCUUUCCGUGACAUGUCUCCUUUACUAAACACUGCAAGAAAUUGCAACCGCAAAAUGGACAUGAAAAGUAGUGAAACUCAAAACAUGCCCUCGACAAUAGCAGGAGAGAGAGUGAUUUGGUGUAAACCAGGAGUAGUAGCAAAGCUAAUGGGACUUGAGGCCAUGCCAAUUUCAAUGUCAGUGCACAGAAAGCAUAAUAAGGAUAGAAUCAUGAGUGCAGUUGUCAAAAGGCAAAGCCUGAGGAGAAGAGCAGAAAGGUACGAGAUGGAGAAAAAGAGAUCAUCAAGAGGAACGGUGACGGGAUGUGGUGGACGCAACUCGAUAGAGAUGAAUCAGAGCUCUUGUUCAAGAAAUGGCUAUUGUGUUAUGAAGCCUGUGGCGAUGGACCUUCAAGAAGUAGGCUGGCCAAUGCGGGGCGCGGUUUUGUAUAGAAAUAACGAUGCCAUGUAAGAUAAAAAUGUCAAAAAUAUAUACAAGAUCAUAGUAGCCUUUCUGUGUGUCAA